AUGUCCGCAAUCUUGAAACAAAGAGUAAGAUAUGCUCCAUACUUGAAGAAAUUGAGAACUGGCGAACAGUGUAUCGACUUGUUCAAGAAUGGUCAAUACCUCGGCUGGUCCGGUUUCACUGGUGUUGGUGCUCCAAAAGUCAUUCCAACUGCCUUGGUGGAUCACGUUGAGAAAAACAACUUGCAAGGUAAACUCGCAUUCAACUUGUUUGUUGGUGCCAGUGCCGGCCCCGAGGAAUCCAGAUGGGCCAACAACAAUAUGAUUUUGUCCAGAUCACCACAUCAGGUUGGUAAACCAAUUGCCGCAGCCAUCAAUGAUGGAAGAACCCAAUUCUUUGACAAGCACUUGUCCAUGUUCCCACAAGACUUGACCUACGGCUACUACACCAGAUUCAAGGAAAACGGCUCCAACUUGGACUACACCAUUAUCGAGGCCACCGCAAUCUUGGAAGACGGUUCCAUUAUCCCUGGUCCAGCUGUUGGUGCAUCGCCAGAAAUGUUGUCCGUCUCUGACAAGAUUAUCAUUGAGGUUAACACCAAGACACCUUCAUUCGAAGGUAUCCACGACAUUGACAUGCCAGUCAACCCUCCACACAGACAACCAUACCCACACACCUCGGCAGACUACAGAGUUGGCCAGAUCUCCAUCCCAGUUGACCCCGAAAAGGUUGUUGCCAUUGUCGAAAGUACCACUGGAGACGUUGUGCCACCAAACACUGCAAGUGACGAACAAUCCAAGGCCAUUGCCAACCACUUGAUUGAAUUCUUGGAACACGAGGUGAAAUUGGGAAGAUUGCCAGCCAAUUUGCACCCAUUGCAAUCCGGUAUCGGAAACAUUGCCAAUGCCGUUGUUGAAGGCUUGGCCUCUUCAAACUUUAAAAACUUGAAUGUCUGGACCGAGGUCUUGCAAGACUCCUUUUUGGACUUUUUCGAGAGUGGAUCGUUGGAUUUUGCUACUGCUACCUCAAUCAGAUUAACCGAAGAAGGUUUCAAGAAGUUUUACGCCAACUGGGACACCUACUCAAAGAAGUUGUGUCUUAGAUCACAAGUUGUCUCCAACUCACCCGAGAUUAUCAGAAGAUUGGGUGUUAUCGCAAUGAAUACCCCCGUUGAAGUUGACAUUUACGGCCACGCAAACUCCACCAACGUUAUGGGUUCAAGAAUGUUGAAUGGUUUGGGUGGUUCCGCCGAUUUCUUGAGAAAUGCUAAAUUGUCCAUCAUGCACACCCCAUCAGCCAGACCAUCUAAAAUAGACCCAACCGGUGUCUCUUGUAUAGUGCCAAUGGCUCCACACGUGGACCAAACAGAGCACGACUUGGAUGUUGUUGUUACCGAACAAGGAUUGGCCGACUUGAGAGGCUUGUCACCAAAGGUUAGAGCCGAAGUUAUUAUCGACAAGUGUGCUCACCCAGACUACAAGCCACAAUUGCAAGAUUACUUGGAAAGAGCCAUCUUUUACUGUACAAAGAAGAAGACCUUGCACGAACCACAGAUUUUGAAGGAUGUGUUUAAGAUGCACUUGAACUUCCAAGAAAAUGGAACCAUGAAGUUGGACUCUUGGGAUGUAAAGUUCUAG